AUGAUGAGACGCGAUACCGUCAACGCGCACGCACUGCACGGUGUGCCGCCGCCGUCUGUGGCGCCGGAGCCGUCUGCGCAGCCCAGCCAGCCAGUGCCAGUCCCCGCCAACCAGCUCAAAGACGACGCACUCAACCAUGCAGAGUCUAAGAUCGACGAAGACAAAUUACAGAAAAUCGACGAUGAAAGAAAUGACUCGCCGAACUCAGCAAGUGACGACAGCUCAGAGUCUGACAGUUCGGCUGAGGAGGAGGAUGAGCUCGACGCCGUCAGGCCCAUGCUCAAGCUGCCCAUCCAGUUCGACCUCGAUGAACUAGCUGGAGCCUUCCUGGCUAACAAUCAGAAGGGCCGCAUGAACUGCGUGGUUGAGAAGCGUCGCGACGAUCCCAUGGAGAGGCGAUUCCUUUCAACAUCCUCGGAGCCUUCGCCCCGCGCAGCGCUCACGCCGAGCGCAUCGCCAUCAUCUGCCACGGAGGCGACGAGCCCAGAGUCUCUGAGGCCGAUGAACUUCCCGGAGCCCCAGUCGCAAGUGUUCGCGUUCCCGCUGACGGGCCCGGUGCGCCUGCCGCUGCGGCCGCAGCCCGAGCGCGCCGCGCCGCCCGCCGCCGGCCCCGCGCCGCGCAUGCCGCCAUUCGCACCCAUGACACACCGACAGGCACCUUUCCUCCCAGUAAGUACCUAG